CGGGGAGGAGGAGAAGCUGGAGAAGCAGGAGAAGGAGGGGCCGAGCGAGCUGCCUGCCAGUCUCCACCUCGACGUUCGGGCAGGAGGUUUGGCCGAAGCGGUAACCUGCAGCCGCGGCGCUGAGCGUGGACGUGAACGUGAACCUUCCGGCCCUUCCCCUUCUUGGACCUCGCCUCCACUGCGGGCUCGCCCGGCGGCAGAUAUAUUGAAGGCAACAUGUCCAAAAAAAUCAAUGGAGGUUCUGUGGUGGAAAUGCAAGGAGAUGAGAUGACUCGAAUCAUUUGGGAACUGAUUAAGGAAAAACUCAUUUUCCCAUAUGUAAAUUUGGAUCUACACAGCUAUGACUUAGGGAUAGAGAAUCGUGAUGCCACAGAGGACCAGGUGACUAUUGAUGCUGCAGAAGCUAUUAAGAAAUAUAAUGUGGGCAUCAAGUGUGCUACCAUCACACCUGAUGAGAAGAGAGUCGAGGAGUUCAAAUUGAAGAAAAUGUGGAAAUCACCAAAUGGGACUAUCCGAAAUAUCCUGGGUGGUACCGUCUUCAGAGAAGCAAUCAUCUGCAAAAAUAUCCCCCGGCUAGUGAAUGGCUGGGUCAAACCAAUCAUCAUAGGCCGUCACGCUUAUGGGGAUCAAUACAGAGCAACUGACUUUGUCGUUCCUGGGCCUGGAAAAGUGGAGAUAACCUACACACCAAGUGAUGGGGGCAAAACAAUGACAUACUUGGUCCAUAGUUUUGAAGAUUGUGGUGGUGUUGCUAUGGGAAUGUACAACCUUGACAAGUCGAUCAAGGAUUUUGCACACAGUUCCUUCCAGAUGGCUCUGUCUAAAGGCUGGCCGCUGUACAUGAGUACCAAAAACACUAUUCUGAAGAAAUAUGAUGGACGUUUUAAAGACAUCUUUCAGGAAAUAUAUGACAAACAAUACAAGUCCCAGUUUGAAGCCAAGAAGAUAUGGUAUGAACAUAGACUCAUUGAUGACAUGGUAGCCCAAGCUCUGAAAUCAGAGGGAGGCUUUGUCUGGGCCUGUAAGAAUUAUGAUGGGGAUGUGCAGUCUGACUCCAUUGCACAAGGCUAUGGGUCUCUGGGAAUGAUGACCAGUGUGCUGAUCUGCCCAGAUGGCAAGACAGUGGAAUCUGAAGCUGCCCAUGGCACGGUGACGCGUCACUACCGCAUGUACCAGAAAGGUCAAGAGACAUCCACUAAUCCAAUUGCCUCCAUUUUUGCCUGGACCAGAGGGUUAGCUCACCGAGCUAAACUGGAUAACAACACAGAGCUCAGUACAUUUGCAACAAUUCUGGAAGAAGUUUGUGUUGAGACCAUCGAGUCUGGCUUCAUGACCAAGGACUUGGCUGCCUGUAUUAAAGGCUUACCCAAUGUGAAGCGCUCUGACUACCUGAAUACAUUUGAAUUCAUGGACAAACUUGGAGAAAACUUGAAGGCCAAACUCGCUCAGGCCAAACUUUAAUACCACAUCUCUCCUCAACAAAGAGGCUGCCCCGUGGGAUAACUAGUUUCUUUGGUUUACAGUUUUUCUGGAUGACACACGAAGUUCAAACGAAAUCAAUUUUGUAAUUUCUCUAGGUGACAAGUUAUCUUUUCUAUGGGUUUACAACCUUUUUUAUAUGGUUCCUAUAGUUACUCCCAAUUUGCCUGCCACAUUUAAUGUGACGGGAGACCUUUUUUAUAUAGCAGCCAAGAAAUUACUUUCUUACUGGUUUGUUGUUGUUGUUAUCCUCACUGUCACUUUUCCUUGUCCCCAGAAGUAGGUGACCAAAAUCAAGAGUAUUUAAUACGAAAGGAGAAACGGCCUCCAUGGUACUGUGUUGUAAAAUCAGUUAUAAAUAAGACCGAACGUUCCUCCUUUCCUGGCCUUGUUUAUGGACUAGGUCACUGGACGGUUCUGUUGUUAGCAGAUAUUGCAUCAUGUCAACAGUAGACUUGACAAAGUGAAUUUCUAUAUGAAUCAGGAAUUAUUAUAGCAUGACUGUAAGGAAGGCAUGUUAAGAUCUCUUUAGCAGUUGUAAAGAGCUUUUGUUGAAUGUUUAAAGAUGUAAACUUUUUUUUUUUUUACAGGGCCCACAUGAGUUAGGAUUUUAGAACAGUGGUGACUUGUAGGUUACCCUCCUUUCCUUGUUUAAUAAGUGUUAUACUACCAAAAAUGGCAUAUUUCAUCCAGGUGCAAUGAAACAAGCUGCUUUUUUGGACCCCUGCAGGCCUGUUUAUUUCUUUUGUAUAACUGUGAUGUUUUGAAUUAUUGUUAAACACUAAUCCCUCCCUGGUCUUUGUCUGAACUGUGAUGUAACUUUUAAUUAAAAUUAAGUUCUGGUAA